AUGCCCAAAUUGAAAAUAGAGCCGUCUACGAUCAGCUUCAAUGUUGGGAUAAAUGCGUGCGCAGAAAGAGGACAGUGGCAGCAGGCGCUGUCGCUGCUCAGGCACAUGCGCGAAGCUUCGAUGGAGCUGGACACCAUUAGCUUCAAUUCUGGAAUGACCGCGUGUGAAAAGGGUGGGCAGUGGCAGCAGGUUUUCUGGUUGCUCAGCGAGUUGAGGGAGACGAAGUUACAACCAGAUACCAUAAGUUUCAAUGCGGGGAUCACCUCCUGCAGGAUAGGUGAGGUAUGGUGGCGGGCGUUGCAGCUACUGGGCGAAAUGGGGCAAGCGAUUGUGGAACCAGAUGUUACCUGCUAUAAUGCAGCCAUCACCGCAUGCGAAAAAAGCUGCAUGUGGAAGCAAGCGCUUUUGUUGCUGAGUGGCAUGUGGCAGACCAAAUCGGAGCCCAACGCUACAUACCCUAACUACAAUGCUGGAAUCAGCGCUUGCGAGAAAGCUGGGCGGUGGCAGCAUGCAGUUCUCUUGCACAGCAGGAUGAUAAGCAUGGAGUUGGAGCUGGACACAGUCAGCUACAAUGCAGCAGUCAGCGCGUGCGAAAAAGGUUCACAGUGGCAGCACGCGUUGCGCUUACUUGGAGAGCUAAGGGAGGCCAAAUUGCAGCCAGAUGCCAUCCUACUACAAUGCAGGAAUCAGCGCAUGCGAGAAGGGCAGGAAUUGGCAGCAGGCGCUGGCGCUGCUACUCCAAAUGGAAGAAGCACGCGUUGA